ACUGACACAGUGUUUGGCUCUGCCAAACGAGAAGACACUGGGUUUAAGAGAACCAACAUUCUUCAAUACAGUUCUACGGCAUUUUCCUUGACUAUAUGCCUAGAUAGAAUUCUGGUUAUGGACAUCUCUGGCAAUUCAGCAGUGCCUCCAACCUCAUCUGCAAGAUGCUGGUUUAGAAAGAGUCUUAUCACACGACGUGCUAUAUUCCUCUGUUUUAUAUGGGUACUGUUCAUGAUCUUUCUUUCAGUUUUCAAGCUACCUGAGGCCUCCGAAAAUGGAGACCCACUUUCACUGGGAAUUCUAAACCUUCACAAAAGGUUUCAGGAUUAUCAUUUUGGGGUGAUUGGAGAGAUAAUGCUCAGCAUGCUCAAUGAAGACCUGCCCUUUACAUUGUUCUUGCCCUCUGAAGCCGCUUUUGAGCGGCUUCUGAAAAUUAACGUUAAUGGAACCUCUGUGUAUAAUAAGGAGAACAAUACCGAUGUGAUACUUUCGCGGGUAUUAGGUUUCAGCGUUAUACCGAUAAAAUUAAGGUCGGAAGACGUUCCUUUGACAAGAGAGAUCAGUUUUGAUUCCUUAGCUGGCUUUGAGUUGAAUAUAAUGAGGCUUCCUGAGAAGGUUUUAAGUGUUGAUAAUGUGAGAUCAGAGAGGGUUGAUAUGAGAAGAGGCGAGAUUAUUGUGCAUGUUAUGGACGGGGUGAUAAUGGAUGCAGAGUUCGCGCAGUCGAUGAAGGAUGAUUAUGAAGUUUGAGAGUAGUGGAUAGAUUUCACAUUGUUCAGUUUGAUGCUUGUAAACAUUGAACUCUUUGAAGUUUUAAAAUGUAAAAGUCUUGAUAUUUGUAACCUUUAUUUUUUAGAGAUUUUAGGGGUGAAUGUAGUGUAUUGUGGUUGCUCU